UCUUCUGUGCAGGAAUUUACCCCUCCCCGGUUCUUGGUGCGAUGCUGACUGAGGAUCCAGCCCAGCCCGUGAGUGACGAGAGGCCCCGGGUUUGGGUGUGAAUAUUGCCCAGGGCUGAGUUCCUUAAGCCGUUGUGCUGCCUGAGGUGGAUGUGGCCAGGUGGAGCGUGAGGCUCGGCUGUCGUUGGGACAUGACGCCGGACGAGGAUGUGCAGCGGCUCCUGAUCCAGUUUCGGGACGAGGCAGGGGAGUCCCUGGGCUCGCCCUUCGACGUCCCGGUCACCAUCACCCCGGACAAGCUGCAGCUGGUCUGCAACGCCCUCCUGCAGAAGGAUGAGCCGGUGCCUCUGGCCUUCUUCGUCCACGAUGCCGAGAUUGUGGCGUCGCUGGAGAAGACGCUGGCGGGGCAGAGCGUGGAGACGGAGAAGGUGCUGGACAUCAUCUACCAGCCGCAGGCGGUGUUCCGGGUGCGCGCCGUGACGCGCUGCACCAGCUCCCUCGAGGGGCACACCGAGGCCGUCAUCUCCGUGGCCUUCAGCCCCACCGGAAAGUACCUGGCGAGCGGCUCUGGAGACACCACUGUCCGCUUCUGGGACCUCAGCACGGAGACGCCGCAGUUCACGGCCAAAGGCCACCGGCACUGGGUGCUCAGCAUCGCCUGGUCACCAGAUGGCAGGAAACUGGCCUCGGGCUGCAAGAACGGCCAGAUAUUCCUCUGGGACCCAGCCACGGGCAGCCAGCUCGGCCGGGUGCUGUCUGGCCACUCCAAAUGGAUCACGUGUCUGUGCUGGGAGCCGCUCCACAUAAACCCAGAGUGUCGCUACCUGGCGAGUGCCUCCAAGGACGGCAGCAUCCGCAUCUGGGACACGCUGAUGGGCAGGUGUGACAAAAUCCUCACGAGCCACACGCAGUCAGUGACGUGUGUGAAGUGGGGGGGCGAUGGUUUGCUCUACUCCUCCUCCCAGGACAGGACCAUCAAAGUGUGGAGGAGCCAGGAUGGCGUGCUGUGCCGCAGCCUGCAGGGCCACGCUCACUGGGUGAACACCAUGGCCCUGAGCACCGACUACGUGCUCCGCACCGGGGCCUUCGAACCCGCCGAGGCCACCAUCAACCCUCAGGACGUCAGCGGCUCCUUGGCAGAACUGAAGGAAAGGGCUCAGCAAAGGUACAACCAAGUCCGGGGCCAGGAACCAGAAAGGCUCGUCUCGGGGUCAGAUGAUUUCACCCUGUUUCUCUGGAGACCAGCAGAAGACAAGAAGCCGCUGGAGAGAAUGACAGGCCACCAGGCAUUGAUCAACCAAGUCCUCUUCUCUCCAGACACCCGGAUAAUAGCCAGUGCUUCCUUUGACAAGUCCAUAAAGCUCUGGGAUGGUAGGACAGGAAAGUACCUGACGUCGCUGCGGGGCCACGUCUCGGCCGUGUACCAGAUCGCCUGGUCGGCCGACAGCCGCUUGCUGGUGAGCGGCAGCAGCGACAGCACCCUCAAGGUCUGGGACGCCAAGACCAAGAAACUGGCCGUCGAUCUUCCCGGCCACGCGGACGAGGUGUAUGCGACGGAUUGGAGCCCGGACGGGCAGAGGGUGGCGAGUGGAGGGAAGGAUAAGUGUUUGAGGAUAUGGCGUCGAUAGGAGCACAGACACGGAGCUGCCGGUCCUGUCCUCAGCACAAUGUGCCUGGAAGAUCUCUGGGAGGAUGGACGAUGGAGGCCAACCCGAGCACGACUCCCUGUUCCUGCUGGCUGCUCUCCCUCGUGGACUCUUUCCUUAUAUUUAUUUAAGGAAAUUUUAAUUCUGGUUCUUAUUAAGAGCUGUGCUUUGCAGGAUGAUUUCCUCUGAACAUUACAGGAGGGAUAUCUCA